AUGUCGCCGCAAUCCACCACCAAUCAACGCCUAAGGGUGACCAUUAUUGGAGCGGGAGUCUCCGGGAUCCUCAUGGCCAUCAAACUACAACAGUAUCUGCCCAACCAUAUAACCUUCCACAUCUACGAAAAAUCCCCCGAGAUUGGCGGGACAUGGUUUGAGAAUCGGUACCCAGGUUGCGCGUGCGAUGUACCCAGCCAUCUGUAUCAGUACUCGUUUGCGCCGAAUACUGAGUGGUCGAGAUUCUACGCAACAUCCCGGGAGAUCCAAUCCUACCUCGAAUCCGUCGUGCGCCAAUACAACCUCACACCCCAUAUAAGCUUCAACAGCCUCGUCACACACGCGUCCUGGUCCGCCUCGCCUGGUCUCUGGACAAUCGAGGUGUCAAGCCACGGUACAGUCGAAAGCGAAAUCCUCAUCAACGCCGGCGGCAUCCUGAAUAACCUACAGAUGCCGGAUAUCCCCGGUCUCGACACAUUCCGCGGUCCACAAUUGCAUACGGCUGCGUGGGAUGAUAGGGUUGAAUUGACUGGUAAGCGUGUUGCGAUUAUUGGUGCCGGGGCGAGUGCUGUUCAGGUUGUGCCUGAGGUUCGGAAGAUCGCGAAGCAUGUCGACGUGUAUAUCCGGACGCCGUCGUGGAUCUCGCCACCUGUUGCGCUGCCGGCGGGAGUUGAAAAGGGGCAUAUCUACAGCGAAGAGGAGAAAAAGUCAUUUCGGGUCGAUGGGAAGGGGUACCGAAGUAUGCGAAAGGGGCUGGAAGACCAGUUCAAUAGCAUGUUCGGCGCCUUUACGAAGGGGAGCGUCGAGCAGCAGGACUUGCGUGGCCGGUUUGAGGGACGCAUGAAAGCGCUCAUCAAAGAUGAGGCGCUGCAGAAGAACCUCAUCCCGAGCUUCGAGGCGGGAUGUCGCCGGAUUAACCCCGGAGAGGAGUAUUUGAUUGCGCUGCAGGAGGAAAAUGUGCGGCCGGUCUUCGAGCGGAUUGAGAGGAUCGACUCGGACGGUGUUGUACUGGGGAGUGGAGUAAAGCAUGAGGCUGAUGUGCUGAUUGCAGCAACGGGUUUCAAUACCAGCUUCCGGCCACGGUUUCCCAUUCUGGGCACGGGGGGAGUGAAUCUGCAGGAUCUGUGGGAGGAUGAUCCGACCUCGUACUGUGGGAUUGCGGUUUCGGGGUUUCCGAAUUAUCUCAUGUUCUUGGGGCCUAAUACGCCGAUUUCGAAUGGGAGCUUGAUGGGCCCCCUCGAAGCAACAAGCGACUACAUCACGCGCCUCCUCCGCAAAACCAUCCGCCAACGCGUCAAAUCAUUCGACAUCCGCGCAGACGUCCAAGCAGAUUUCAACAAACACACGCAAGCCGUGAUGCAAAACAUGGUCUGGACAGGAACCUGUCGCAGCUGGUUCAAGAACAGCAAGAGCGGGAAAAUCACGGCCCUCUGGCCCGGGAGCUCGCUGCACUACAUGCAGACGCUGGCUGAGGACCGGUGGGAGGAUUAUAAGUGGGAGUUUCAGGGAAGUCGCUUUGAUUAUCUGGGGAGAGGCUUUUCGUGGAUUGAGGAUCCGGCGGGGGAUGUGCUUGGGAGGGAGGAGAGUGAGAAGUGGCGGAUGUCGACUGUACCGAAUAAGGGGUCUGAUUUGAGUUAUUAUCUUGUUGAUGCGGUGCCACUUGCUAAAGAGCGGGACGAGAAGGCUUUGCUAUAGGAAGACAUCUUCUAGUCAAGAGGAGUGUUGUAUUCGUCCAAAAAUUGUCUACACUAGUGAAGAACAGC